UAUAGGUGGGCGGUCAGAAGAUUCUAGAUGGACGAACACGAUUUGUUCAAAGCGACUGUUUCUCUUAUAAUAUUUCUCCCUUCUAGUCCCAACUACACUCUUCCUUCUUCCAACUCACUUUCCCAGAAACCUCGUAACGAACCUGACGAAUUUCUUCUUAUAUAUACCCUUUUUUUCCCACGCUUUUUGCACAAUAAUUCCCAACGAGUCAAGAAACUUAAAGAAGAAAGAAAACGCAAGAUCAUCAAGAUGUGUUUGGUGUUUGUGUGCGACGAAGACGAGAGAGUAAUUGGAAGACAGCCUGCGCCAGGGGCAUGUCCGUACUGUGGAGGAAUGAUUCAAGCGAUGGACGUGGAGAGCCAGUGGAGGUUCUGUUUCUUGCCUUUAUAUUUCAAGACGAAGAGGAAGUUCUAUUGUACAAUCUGCGCCAGACGCUUGGUCAUCCAACAAUGAUUCUGCUAUGCUAUAGAAUCAACUUUGUACAUAAUAUAUGAUACUAUUUCUCUUUUGGAUGUCUUUUUAGAUUCUGGUUUUCGGUAUCUUGUGUUAUCGUUUGUUUACUUGCGACUUCAAUUUUGGUGAUCUAAUGGUUGACUUGACUUCUUAUA